GUUUUGUAGCGAAGAAGCCUUGGUGCGUACUUAUAUCAGAGUCUCCGCAGAAUCCAACAAUACCGGUUUUUGAGCGAUGUUUGGCGGUUGGUUCGGGCAAAUCCCUUGAAUCAGUUCCUGAUAAGGAAAUGGUGUGUCUAAUAAGGCUUAAACAGUCCAAAGGCAAUUGGGUGGUUGUGCUCGAGAGAAACGGAACCAGAGAACAUGUUCAAGUCAAUGGAAAGACCGUGAGAAGAUAUUCUACUUGCUAUCUCAAUUCAGGCGAUCAAGUUGUAUUUGGUCAAGUGGGCAAUCACUCUUACAUUUUCCAGCUAUUCUUCUAUGAGGUUAAUUUUGAGUCACUUUUAGAUUUGACGACCAGACAAGUAUUGAGUAUCGAAAACCAGGCGGGAGAUGCUUCAGUAGUUGCUAAUUCUUCUAUUAUCCUGUCUCAAGAGACAUCUCAGAUGUCGGAGGAAAGACAGCGGACUAGGGAAUCAAUGCCUGCUUCAACACCAGAGAUGUCCUCAAAAUCUGCAGCAUUUAAGGAACAAAUUAGUGCUGCAAUCAUUGAUGGACAUGAAAGUGAAGUUUCAUUCGAUAACUUCCCGUAUUACUUAAGGUAG